ACGUUCAGUAGUACAGGGUCAGUGUCAGAACACCUGGUGCUGCACCCUCAGCUGGCUACUGGGAACUUCAUAAUCAAGGCUAUCUGGCUGCCUGGCUCCCAGACGGAGCUGGCCAUCAUCACGGCGGACUUCGUCAAGAUCUAUGACCUGUCAGUGGACGCUCCUGAGCCCUGUGUACUACUUCCUGCUGCCGAGCUCCAAGAUCCGUGACGCCACCUUCCUGUUCAACGAGGAAGGGAAGAGCAUCAUCGUCAUCAUGUCCUCUGCUGGCUACAUGUACACAGGUCAUGGACGAGUCGUCCAGCGCCCAACAUGGGCCCUUCUACGUUACCUCAGUCCUGGAGAUCAGCCACCAGGACCUUAAGGACAGUAACGGUCAGGUUGCUGGCGGCGGUGUAUCGGUGUACUACAGCCACGUUCUCCAGAUGCUGUUCUUCAGCUACAGCCAGGGCAAGUCGUUUGCUGCCACCGUCAGUCGCAGCACCACUGACGUACAGAGACUCUUCACCAUCAACGUCAAAGGCUCCAAUGGGGGCAGUAAGACGUCUCCAGCUCUGUGCCAGUGGUCUGAGGUGAUGAACCACCCAGGCCUGGUGUGCUGCGUCCAGCAGACUACUGGUAUCCCACUGGUCAUCAUGGUCAAACCUGACACCUUCCUCAUCCAGGAGAUCAAGACCCUGCCCGCUAAGGCUAAGGUAUAGUACACACACACACACACACACACACUGGUCAUCAGGGUCAAACCUGACACCUUCCUCAUCCAGGAGAUCAAGACCCUGCCCGCUAAG